UCGUGACGACGAGAGUUGCCUGGAAAAAGAGGGUCCCCCGUUUGCCACACUCCAGUCCGGUAGGUGGCGGUAAUCGCCUUUGCCGCCAUCAAGAAAGAACUUGAAGCCCUCAACUUCCGGGUGGGAGUUGACAGCUGACUGAUUGCCGUCGUUCGUCCAUGUUGGCGUUGUGACGAGCUGCGUCCCGCCGCGGUGGUCCUCCUCCUCCUCCUCCUCCUCAUGGCGUCCAGGCGACCGGACACCUUCGACGGGCUCGCGUACCGCGGCGGCCGGGACGAGCCUCCUCACUACUCGCUGCGGAGCGGCCCCGCGGAGCCGCCGCAGCACCUCCACUGGGUCACCACGCCGCCGGACAUCCCCGGCAGCCGCAACCUGCACUCCGGGGAGCGGACGCCGCUCUACGACGAGAUGCCCGGCGGAGCCGCAGGGGAGCGCGACUGGGACGCGACGGCGCAGGCCGGCGGCCCGCCGCCUCCGCCUCCGCCUGAGCAGCUGAAUCGCCUCACGGGUUUCGGGAUCGGACUCGUCAGUCUUUUUGCAGAGAACGUGCUGACUCAUCCCUGCGUGGUCUUCCGCCGCCAGUGUCAGGUGAGCCUCCUCCGCGCUGACCUCCGGCCGCGCCCGCUCGCCCGCGACCUUUUGUGUUUGUUCGUCCCGCAGGUCAACUACCACGCGCGAUGCGACCACCUGACGCCGUUCAGCGCCCUCGCCGUCAUGUACGCCAUCAGCAAGGCUCAGGGCCCGCGGGCGCUGUGGAAGGGGAUGGGCAGCACCUUCAUCGUGCACGGCGUCACGCUGGGAGCUGAGGGCAUCAUCAGCGAGUUUACGCCGUUGCCACGGGAGAUUCCUCACCGCUGGAGCGUCAAACAGUUGGCCGGGCACUUCCUGCUCAAAGGUUUGACGGCGGCGGUGGCACUUCCUUUCUACUGCUCCAGCCUCAUCGAGACUGUGCAGAGCGAAAUCGCGCGCGACGAGUCGUCUUCGGGGCUGCUGGAUUGCGUUCGCGAAGGCCUGGCCCGCCUGCUGGGCGUGGGCGCCCCUCAUAGCCACCGCCUGCUCCCUCUCAGCAGCCUGCUGCUGCCCGCCGCGUGCCACGCCAUCCUCCGCUACGCCGUGGCCACCGCCGUGCAGCGCGCGGCGCUGUGGCUGCACCGGCGCGCUGAGAAGCGACGCCGCGGCCCGGCGGCGGACCCGCUGGAGGCCCACUUCCCUGAGCUGGCGGCGGCCUGGUUAGGCACGCUGGCGGCGGACGCGCUGGCGUACCCGCUGGAGACGACGCUGCACCGCCUCAGCCUGCAGGGCACGCGCACCAUCAUCGACGCGACGGACGGCGCGGUGCCGGCGGCGACCGGCGCGGGGAACGGCGGGAGUCCGCUGGUGCUGCCCGUCAACACGCAGUACGACGGCCUGGCUGACUGCGUCCACGCCAUCCGCCGCAAGGAGGGCUGGGCCGGCUUUUACCGCGGCUUCGGGGCGCUGGCGGCCCAGUUCGCGCUGCACGGCGCCUUGCUGGCUGCCGCCAGGACGCUUCUGAGGCUGCUGCUGCUGGAGGGCAAGGUCAGCUAGGUGUCGCCGUGGAAACAAGAAGAUCUUAAUAUUCUGCUCUGUUUAAAACCACUGCAUUGAUUUUGCUACUUAUUGGUAUAGAACUAGAAGGUGGAUCGAUCCAUCAAUGGUGCCGCACGUUUAUAGGUUUACGUUUGUGUAAAUGGAACAUUUUUGUUUGAUUGUAUGAACCACUGACAACGUAGCUCCCAGAUACAAAAAACAUUUUGGUCUCUUAAUUUUUCCAGGGUUGUAUGUUAGUUGUAAAUAGGCGGCUGAUCACAUGAGCUAAGGUUACGGUGCUUCAUACGUCACGAUGACAUCACUUCCUGUCUCGUGUGUGUGUGUGCACGCAUGAAGCCAAUAACCUGUUUGUUUGUAUAAAGUUGUCAUCAACCAAAGUGUAAAACAACAAAGAAUAAAUUAUUGUGGUCCAAAGGAUUUUUUUUUGUCAAACAUUAAAAUUGAAAUGAAAUUA